CAAAGCAACGAAAGACGAGGUUCGUUGCAAUGCCACCGAAGAAGAAAGGUAAGGGUAAAGGAAAGGGGAAGAAAGGAGGUAAAGGUGACGCACCAGCAGAAACAGAGAAGCCGAAAUCACCAGAACCAACAGAAAAGGAACUUUUACUGAAAGAAGAGCUUCAAAAGAUUACAGAUGAACUUGAAAAUGCAAAGAUCAAAGUUGAUGAUUUACGAAAGGAAAAUGACUGGCUGCAGACUGAAGCUCAUAAAGUUCGAGUGGAGAGUCAUGAAUACAUGAGCUUCAUAGAGAAGAAGACGAGUAAACGUCAGACAACUAUUAUUACUCUGAGUGAUCAUAACAAGCAGGAGAUAAGAAAUAUUCAGAUCCAGAAACAGAUGAUGGAAGAAGAUUUUGAUGACAAGAAAAAAGCACUAGAGAAUCUUCUGCUAGAAAAGGAGCACCUGCUAGAGAAAACAACACAGGAGUUGAAUGACCUUCAAGAAUAUAAGGACUUGCAAACCGAACAGUUGACCAAGAUCAGAGACUUGGAGAAGGACGUAAAGCAAAUGAGAGCCAAACAUUCUGAGGCCAUCCAGCAACUCAAGUCUGACUUUUUGAAGCAGAAACGAGAGUUUCAGAGUGAUUCAGAGAACAGAAUACACUCACUGGAAACAAAGGCAAACAAGGAGGCAUUACAGUGUUUGAUAGACCACACAAACCGAAUCAAAGUAGAAAACAGACAGUUAAGACGUGAACUGCUAGGGCUAAUUCAGAAAACCCGAGUGUUGCAUCAACAUGGGACUUCCCUGGAGGAACAGAAACGACAGCUGCUUUGUGAACAACAGUACGCGAACGACCUUAAAAAACUGAGAAAUGCUCGUCAACAUAAAGUGUACAAGUCGUUCCGACUGCUGGACGGGCAGGAGGCACAAGACGAAGAUGUUGACGCAGGACAGUGACGGUGUCUGCAUUGAAGAGUUCAAACAUUAACAAGUUACGACUAGUUUUGGAUUUAAAUACAAUACAUAGGGCUGAAUUUAUGAAGCCUGUUUUUCUUAAAUGCAGGUGUUUAAGCAGUUGUAAAUGUAUAUAGUUACAUGCGUGUGAGACAAACAGGUUUUGUAAAUUCGGAUCUUUAAGCUAUAUGCAUUGAAAAGAUGACAGCAACUGAGUGAGGUGGAUAGGGCCUAACUGUACAUUAAUUUGAUUUUUAACUGGGUUGGGUGGGAGCAAUGCAUUAUCGUCCCGAGUUAGGGAAGCAUUUAAAAUAUUAUUGGCAAUUUGGUUAGAAAAUCUGGAAGGCAAAUUGCAGUUUCGGUUCGCUGAACAAAAUAAAACAGAUUUACAGCUCUAAGGAAUUAGCUUUUUGGCAAAUUAGUAAUUAAAUAUAUUUGCCAAAUUUAGCUUUAAUUUGCAUUUGGUGAAUGACAGUGAUUACAGUAACUUUCGACAAUCUGUAAAUAAAUAUCAUUAUUUAUUUGUUUUUUUAAUUAUUUAUUUUAUACAAGAAAAAUU